CAGAAGAAGAAGCUGAGCUGAACGGAGAGAACCUGGGAGAGCGGUCACUGCCUCAUGAGGGAUAUCGACUACGCGGUGGUUAAUCACAGCAGCUAAUCCCUACCCACCCCCUUGGCGAGAAAAAACGAGUUCGUUCCGACAGAUUUGUUGAAGAGGGAGGGUGGUGAAUCCUCCGGAAAACUUAUUCUGUCCCGCGGGGAGCUGCUGCAGCCUGAUGGUGUGGACCCUAGGUGGAAAAAGAGACACGUACGCGUUAAACCGCUAGGGUAAUGGUGGGACUAAAAUGCUGUAUGCAACAAGUAAAAGGAGCUGAUACUAUUAUGCUAAAUCACCCACAAGGUAAAUAGACUGGUCAAUCUACUUUAUACACACUAUUUGCACAGAACAAUUAAGGAUAUAUCGAAAUGAAGAUAUUAUAAAGCAACUAAUUAAAUGAAUAAUUGCCAGUAGAGAGGUGAGGCGGAGGGGCAGGAAAGUAAAGGACUGAGAAAGGAAGAAUUAAGGAAAAAGAUAUAGAAACAAAAGAAAAGGAUAAGAGAGGUCUGGCAUGUUGUAUACAGAAAAGGGCUUAAGGAAGUUGAUAGUCCUCACAGAGGUCCUGUUUAAAACAACGUAGUAAAUAUAUCUCUUUUGAAGUAAAUAGUGGACCAAGUCCUUCAUUUAUGAGAGAAAAAGUGGAAAUGCCUAUAGUUAAAGCAGUGUUUAUUCUAAGAGUGAGCUCACUAAUCCAUUUUGAUAUACAGAAAGAGGAAUGACGUCAAAAAUGGUGCAGGAUAAUAAGAUGGCUACAAAAUCUGACAGGAAAGGUCAGAAACAAGAAAAAAGGCUUUCCUCCUUCUUUGUACACCAAGAAAAUCAAGAGGUCUUGGAGAAAUCUAUCCUAGAACCCUACCUCUCAGGCUUUCCAACUUCACCUUCAAUUUCACGAGUCAAAGACAUAGUAACUCCAUCUCUAUUAAAGACAUGUCUAGAGGAUGUCUCAAAUUAUAUUAAAAAUUAGCUAAGUGAAAAAUUCUUAGAUAUGAAAUCUGACCUUUCUAUUUUAAAUGUGAGAAUCCAAAAAAUGGAAGAAAUAGAGGAUGCAAGAGAUUUUCAGCUGCAAGAAAUGAAGGAGUCACAAAAUAAGAUGACAGUUAAAUUCAAAGAAAUGGAGGAUAAACUAUGUGAUCUAGAAGACAUCCAGAAGAUUGAAUUUAAGAUUCAGAAACAUUCUGGAAGAAAUAACAGAUUGACAACUACAGGAUUAUCUAAAAUAAUUUUUCAUGUGUUUGGGGAUUCCAAUAGAACAAUAUGAUGCAAAGAUGACCCGAUAUCACAGACUAUAUCAAAGAAAACAAGAUCAGAAAUACCCUUGAGAUGUAAUUGUAGCAUUUCAAUCAUUUGAAUUUAGAUUCCAGAUCCUCCAGACUGCAAAGAAGACGAAUAUAUCUGAUGACAAGUUUAAAGCAAGUAGAGUGUUAACAGAUGUAUCCUAUAUAACAAGACAAAGAAGAAGUCUAUUUGCGACCGUCUUCCCUUGUUUGAAGAAACACAAUUUGAAGUUUAAAUGGAACCAGCAAUCAUCACUACUAAUUUCAUACAAAGACACUUGGAAGAUAGCAGACCAAGUACGUGUUUAGCUAGUUGAUAUUAAUAUGUAACCACCAGUCUUCUUUGGAAUAAAAAGCAUAAGAGAGGAACAGCAAUGUAUUCGAGAGAAAGGAAAAGAAUUAUGGACCUUUUUAUUUUUUCUGAGACUAAAGAUGAUGUUUAAAUGGUAAAUUUAUGGAAUUGCACGGAUGAGAUAUUACUGUAUACUCUUUUUACUAUACGUUUAACUUCAAGGAAUAGGCAUGGGAAAAUUUUCCCAAGGUCGUAGGAUGUAUAAGCACGGUUAGAAGAAAUUUGAGAUUUCACCUGCGCCAUAUAAAUAAUGGUAGAAAAUGAAUUAGAAGAGCAUUAGGCACUACCAGAUACUUUGGGAUACUUGCUAUUAUUUGUAUAUAUAGCUAUUCACAUAGAUAAUAUAUGAUAAUAAAUAUUACCUUUUUUUAUGGGAGACUAAGAUAAAGAUGAAGAUUAAAUGAUACAUUUAUGGAAUUGCACAUAUGAGGUAUCACUUUAUACCCUUUCCACUAUACGUCUAACUGCAAGGAAUAGGAAUGGGAAAAAACUACCAAGGUCGUAGGAUGUAUAAGCACUGUUAGAAGAAACUUGAGAUUUCACCUGCACCAUAUUAAUAGUGGUAGAGAAUGAACUUGAAGCACUCUAGGCACUACCAGAUAUUCUGGGAUACCAGAUAUUCUGGGAUACUUACCCUUACUUGUAUAGCUAAACAAAUAGAUGAUAUAUGAUAAUGAAUAUAAUUUAUUUUUUUCUCCUCUCCCUCUCUUUUUCUCUUUGAGGGAUUUUUAAUAAAAUUUUUCUUCAUCGACUCUCCGAGAUGUUAACCCCUCCCUGUGGGUUCCCUUUGAGUGCCCAGUACUUGGAUCAUGAUAAAUUAUCAAAGCUUUUGAAUCAGUAUGAAUGUGUUAGUUUUAUUGUCAUGUUAUAUGGUGGUCAUUUGUGUUUUUGUUAUGGUCAAGGAGCCCAAAAAAGAAAGAGUCAGUCAUGGUUAGAUUCGUUUCUGUUAAUGCACAAGGUCUUAACUGCCAUGUUAAAAGAGGCUUCUUGUAUGAUACUUUAAUUAAAGAGAAAAUCCAACUGGGUUUCAUUCAAGAAACCCACUGGACAACUGAUUCUAAACAAUUGUGGCACUAUAAGAAAUAUCUAUUCAUUUAUUCUGCCUCUUUGCAGGGAAAAAAGAAAUGUGGGGUUUCGAUUAUAUUUUCUAAAGAUGUUUAUUUUGAAUGCCAAUAUAAGAACUUAGAUUCAGAAGGGAGGUUUAUUAUAUUAGUUGAAAAAAUUAAAUGGGAUAGAUUAUACAUUGGCCAAUGUUCAUUUACCGAAUAGAGAUCCGAUAAAAACCCUGGUAUAAAUUAUAAGAUCAAAGAAAAAUUCGAGAAAAGGCCAUCACGGUGGCAUGAGUUCCCCAUUAAUUAUACAAAUUUACCAGGCCAAUAUGAUGGUCCAUGCUAAUAAACUUCAACUAAUUGAAUCUAAAGAACAAGCAUGGUACAAAAUAGAAGCAUACAGACUGGGUUUAGAUAACUUAGAACCACUCCUAUGGAGAGAAGUUAGUAAGAACAUAAAACUCCUUAAUAUUACAGAACAUUCUUCUUUAAUUCUUUUCCAAACAUUAAAAGAGUGGAAAAAUAUAAAGAAAAAACUAAAUAUCAGUGACAAGAUCUAUGACAAUGUCACUAUAAAAUCUUUAGAACAAAUUAUGUCUGAAAUAGAUUUGAAAUAUUGGUAUAAGGACUUAAAUUUUCCUAUAAAGGACUUUUACUUAGAACAGCAGAUGAAAAGUUAUGAGGACUUAAAGAAUAUAUUUAAUCUACCAUCUAGGGAGAUAUUUAAUUUUUUACAUAUUAAGAGUUUCCUAAGAGAGUACAUGUUAUUGCUGGAAGGUGACUUAGGCAUCCUAUUUAGAACAUUUUUUAUGGGGGCUGUCUCAAAGAAUAUGUACUCGGUGGCAUUGGAACUAAUAAAACUGAAGGGAGGUCCAGAUAAGGCUCUACUGAAAUGGUAGAGUGAUUUAGCAAUAAACAUACAAUAUAAAAAUUGGUGUCAGUCAUUGGUAAUUGUUAAAAAAACAUAUUCAUUGCUUGAACAUUCUGGAGAUUUAUAUAAAAGUUAUUUAUAGAUGGUAUAUGGUGCCAACACGGUUAACUAAGAUAUCUCAGACAAACCCUCUGAAUUGUUGGCGGUAUUUUCAGCUAGAUGGCUCUAGCUCUAAGUGUUACAUAUCUGGUGGAGUUGCCCUAGAAUUAAGAUAUUUUGGAAUGUAGCAUGUGAUCUAAUAUAUAAAAUAGGAGGUAUAACACUUGAGAAAAAAGCGGAAACUGCCUUUCUGCAUCCAUUUGGAAGGGAAGACAUUGGGAAGGGGGAAAUUUUAAUAAUCCAUUGCCUUAUGGCAACUAAGACCCUAAUUGCUAGAUAUUGGAAAAAAACAGAUAUUCCAACAAAAGAUCAACUUAAAGGCCUACUGUUAAAACAAUUAGAGAUGGAGAAGGGCCUGAGCCCUACCAAUAUUUACUCCAAUCAUAGAUAUCUUGAUUCAUAUUUAAACCUAAUUGAAAAUAUUAUAUGUUUCUAACAAAUUAUUUUGAAAUCUAACUCAGUAAACUGCCGUGUACUUGAGUGGUGGCUCUUUAUGGGAGAUCAGUAAAAUAUUGAUAUGCAAAUUUUGGGCUCCUUGACCAAUUUGAAUCUGACCUUUUUAUUGUCCUUCUGAAUUUUUUCUUUGGAAGUUAUCGUUUUUUGGUAAUACUUAGUUUCAUAUAUUACUGAUGUUAAACGGUGUAUACUAAUAAUUGUCUGUUUAUUUCUUGCUAGAAUGAAAGCAUAGAUACUCAAAUAACAGACUACCGCGGAUGGAGCCUGACCGCUAAGCGGAAUGGACGUGGACCACACGAGCUCCUGCCCAACGGGCAAAUAUAAACCAAAACUAACGAUUAAAAAGCCCAUAGACAACUCAGGGUGCACUACCCAAGCUGGGCGUGCACCACGGAAGCAACAGACACACUCCCGACGCCAAUCGGGCCGGGGACACUGAGCACCUACCGUGGCCUACCGGAGCUGGAGCCGGGCGAAAUAGCCGCUCCCCGCAAGAUCGGAUCUCCGGAACAGCCUGACAAAUGACCCCCCCCCCUUUGGACUGGUGGGGGUCAUCCCGGACCUCCCCAGCCACACUAAACACACCCGAAGACAGAAUUGGCGGGCCGCGAGGGUGGCAGGGGUGCAACGCAGCCAAGGCAAAACCAAGAUAGCGGCCCAGCACAGGCCCCAGCCAAACAACGAGGGCUCCCAGCCGCCACCCCUGCACAUGGCAGCACUGGAUCAGCUCUGCAGAGGCCUGUGGGCACUGCUUUGCAACAGAGGAGCCACACACUCUCAAGCGGUGGCCGCGUGGCUUUGCCCAGCCACCAGACGACGCAAUUACAACGCCAGGCUGAGGGCCCCUAGAAUGACUGCCCGCAAAAGACCAGCAAAGCAAGAAACAACACCUGGGCGCACGGGCACAAACACCCGUCCUCACACAUGCAGAAACAUUAGCGCAACACAGGCCCCACAAGCAAGUACCUCACCGAGCCCAAGACUCGGAGUCCAGCGCAGCACCCAGCUACCCUUCGCGGUUGCAGCCACUUUCCGGACCGCAGUGAGUGAGCCCACAUUAUCACCCGCUGGAGGGACAGACCCGCAGCAUAGAGGAGCCACCGAGGAUGCGGGUCACCUUCCCGGGAAUGCAAUCAAGGCAUCCAGAAUGGGCAUAGGCUGACACAACCUGGACUGACACACCGUGGGGCCUACAGCCCGCGACACAACCUACAGUGUAUGGAGCCCUACGGACAUUCAGAAGCAAGACCAGGGAUGAUGGUCUCUCCUGACCCGUUAAAACCAUUGGACUUUGGCUCUGUAAGGGGACUAUCGAGAUGAGAGUGGUGAUAAGCAGAGUAAGUGAUGAGAACCGCACCCAAUCCCAACGGCCAAGGGUGCUCCAGAGCAGGACCAGCAAUCCCAGUACAAUAAUCCAAGAGGAAAAAACUCACAGGCACUCCAACUUCAAGCCGCAGGCAGAUUUAUUAUGACAGAAUGCAACGCAACGUUUCGACCGGAAAGGUCUUUUUCAAGCUUGAAAAAGACCUUUCCGGUCGAAACGUUGCGUUGCAUUCUGUCAUAAUAAAUCUGCCUGCGGCUUGAAGCGAGAGUGGUGAUAAGGUGACCGGCAUGUGCGAGACUCUGACAAAUGCUGCCUUUGCUCCCCACCAUACCGGACAACACUGCCUGAAAUAUUUGCUCCCCCUUUUGUGUUUAAACGGUUAACUGCAAAUAGCCUGAUUAUAUAUAGAUUAUCACCACUGCUUACCUAUCCGGGUAUAUAGUAGUCACAACUCUAUACUUACUAAUCCUUUAUUGUUCUUCUUCUUACUUAAACAACUUAUAAAGAAUUUAGUUUAGACCUAGCAGGUAUAUACAUUGUGCACCCCAGCAUAGCAAUUCGCUUAACUCUAUUCAUACACUCAGUAGAUAUGCACUCAAACGACUGAACAGUGAUACACAGUAUGAAGUUACCUAAGCAUAUUUUCUACUAUGUUAAAAAAAAAAAAAAAAGCCGAAGGCCUAUAGACAAGCAAAAUGUAUGAUAAGCAUGCGGCUAACACACAAACACUAGCAAAGUGAAUCUAGCUAUGUUAAACGUGGAUCACCCUACCUUAUGCUUACGUUUUCGUUGUUUAACCAAACUUGUUUUACUUAUAUAUAAAAAUGUGCAAUCUCACAUGCCACUGUCAAACCUAAGUACAUCCUCAAACACGCUGUUGUGGCGUAUGUCGAUAACGUAAUUAACUGCACAACAAAAAUAAAGAAUUAAAAAAAAAAAAUGACAGACUUCCUAAUUAGUUUAAUUAAAGGUCUGGCUUAAAAGCAUGUAGUAUAUAUUCUACAUUCUCUAUUUUAUUAACUACAGAUAUUGGUUCGCUAGACGCUUAAUAUACUGCGGACUUCUAUGACCAUAAAUGUUUGUUUUGUACCGUCUGUAAUGUUUUUGUAGUAUGAUGUGGUUGGUAUGUAGCGAAACUUUGUCAUAUUGCUCUAUGAAUGCUCUUUAAUAAGGAUGAUAAAUGGCAUACCACUGUUUGUUGGAUUGAAUGUAUGAGGUUCUAUUUUAGAACCAUUUUGUAUUCAAAAUGUUUU